AUGGCGCAUCCCCUCUCUGUCGCUCAGAUAGCCAUCCAGUCGAAGCCCUCCAUCUUCCACCAUCCAGUCGAAGCCCUCCAUCUUCCACCAUCCAGUCGAAGCCCUCCAUCUUCUGCCAUCCACGAGGAGCAUCGAUUUUGUAUCAUUCUCCAACCCGUCGAAGACCAGUCCGACGAGGAAGCCUUAUCUGACGAAGAGGAACACUCCAGCAAACAAAUUUCUCUGGUGGUGGUCUGUCCAUUUCUUCCGGUAUUUUCCACCCUCUAUGUGCUUUGUCCAUUUGCUGGAUAUGAUUUCAUUAUGGGAAUAUGAUUUCAUUUGCUUAAGUUUAGCAUGUAGGUGAUUGAGUCAUCUGAAAGGCACUUGUAACUUGUUUAUUUUUUUUAUUCUUAUUUUGUUUCUCCUCCUUUUAUUCUCGGGUAUAGUGAAUUGUAGGUUCAAAUCUGAUGGCAUCCACUUUGUGUGACUCUUGAGAACGAUUAUGUCUGUACCCAAUCUAUAAUUGCAAUGCCUUAGGUUAACGGGGACCAAAUUGGGUAAUUUGCUGAUUUUGUUUUCCUUUCUUCCCUUUUACUGCAGCCUUCCAAAUGAAAAAAAACAUAGAAUUGGAGAAUUAAUAUUUGGGAGACUUAGAUCAAGCUAUUAUUAAGUUUGCAGUAUGUGCUGGAAACCAGGAGUAGUAAGGUUUCGAUAUUUGCUCCACUCCAAUUUCACUUGAGGAGAAAG